UCAACGUCAUACGGAAGGAUUGAGCAACUGCAAGUGGCUGCAGUGCCAGAUGAGCGCCUAUAAAAGCGUUUGCGCUGGUAUCUUCAUGUAUGCAAUUACUAGCCAUACCUCAGGCUGAAGACUAGUACUGUCGUUGUUGUGCUGCUCAGUUUCCUAGCAGUUUUCUUGGAUGCGUCUAAGACGCACAGCGUUGGGAACUCGGACUCAGCUAAAAUCAGCACCACCCUCAGUGAUUACACUGGCAACACUGUCUUGUUUGGAACAAAACAGCUUCCAGGUCACUCUUGUCGGCAAAUAGCUGAGCUUCUUCGUGAUGUGGACAAUGGUAUCUACUACAUCAAAAGUGUUGUUACUGGUGAUUCAUUUCCUGUGUUCUGCGACAUGGAAAAUGGAGGCUACACAAUGGUCUACAAAGCAGUUAGUGGAGUACCAGGAAACGUUGCAAAGGUGUGGACCAACAAAGGUGCGGUCAACGAGGAGCGAGAUGAUGCACUCAACACAAACAACUUUUUUAAAGGUCACUAUAAGAACCGGAUUGUUGACGAAUGGCGAUUAUAUAGACCCAAAGAGAUUGUUGUCGUGUUGUACAAAGGAGGAGCUGAGGUGCUCCGAAUGAGUUUUGAUGGUCAUUUGUCCAACAAGAAUUCUUGGUUUACCAAAGAACGUCUAGCUUUCUCUCCAUACACUGAUCUGAAAACAAGUACCCCAAACUAUUUUGGAAUUCACGCAUGGGGAACUCGUCAAUGGUUCAUCAACAGAAAUUACGGUGGUUGUGGAGCUGAUGCAGGCUGGCUUGUCUUUUUGUCUCCUGGUACUGGUUGCGGUUGGGAUCCAAGGAACAAAUUUCAAAUCAAAUACAGUCGUGUCAAUACAGCUCAGAAAUGGUCAACUGGUAAUGUGGGAGAAGCAGACGCCAUGGCUGUCUUUGUUGACUGAUGAAGUACCAACUCUUGGCGUGCUUUUUCUUUUCUUCAUCUUGGUUACUGUUUUUAUCUUGAUUACUGCUUGCUGUGUAUGUUGUUAUAUAUAGACGUUGCAGGUAGCUGAACUGUUAUAAAAAUGUAGUGCUUAUUUUACUAGAAAGUUGACGGUUGUUGUUAUUGGUU